AACAGUUUGCCCUCAGCUGGCCUUUUAGGUCUUUGCCGCUGAGUUUCCGUGCGCAGUUAGGAAGGCGCUGACUUUUGCGUAGUUGCAGACAGUUCUUAAGUAUGGCUGCAGCUGUAGGUAGGCGAGCCUUUUGUUUUGAUGGCACCACGCCGCCAACCUCGCACCACUUGCGCAACUACCCAUCCGUGCGCGAACACAGCGAAUGGUACGCCAGCCACAUUGACGAGUUACUGCGCCAGGGCCUGGUGGAGGCGUACGACAGCAAGCAGCAUGGCCCCCUGCGCAACUUUGCAGCCACUAUCAACCCACUGCAUGUUGUCAGCAAGGCGGAUGGCAACCUGCGCCCGAUCAUCGACCCUACCGCUUCGGGGGUGAACGACUGCAUGACCAAGCUCCCCUGCCCGCUGCCCGACCUCGCCUCAAUUCUGGAGCAUUUGCCGUUCCAAGGGGCGCUAGGCAAACGGGACCUCGCAUCUGGUUUCCACCACAUCAAGUGCAGCCCGGAAGCACGCCGGUACAUGGCCUUUAGGCAUCCCACCACGGAGGCAGUCCUGCGUUGGGUGGUGCUGCCCUUCGGCGCCAGCCAAUCGCCCCCAAUCUUUGUGGAGUUAACCAACGCCGCGUGUGCCAUCUUCCAAGCGGAGUGCGACCGGCGGGGGCUACGGGUCAAGCUCUUCUGCUUCGUCGACGACUACAUCAUCCUAGGGGUGACCCAUGCAGACGUCGUUGGCGCCUUCGCGGUCAUGGACGAAAUAGGUGGCGAGCUGGGGCUGGAGUGGAAGACCAGCAAGGACCGCGGACGAAACGAGCACCUGCGGCAGCUCGACUUCCUGGGUAUGCUGUUCGACACCGAGAAGAUGGAGAUGCGCAUCUCGCCGGACAAGCGGCAGCGCUACGCGGCGGACGUGCGCGCCCUCCUGGACGCGGCAGCUACCGGACCAGUGCAGCGGCACCUCCUGGAGUCCACCGUCGGCCGCUUAACGUUCAUAGCCCGG